AUGCGAGUCUAUAACAAGGAGAUUUGGUCUGUCGUUGUUGAUCAAACUAUCAGGUUAAGCUUAAUAGAAUUUGGUGAGAUCACGGGUUUAAACACAGAUCCACUGCCAGAAGAAAGUUUUGAACCUGAUCCAGAGAACCACAAAGCGUUGUGGGAGUUGUUGAAUGUGCCGCUUGGGUACGGACCCACGUUUGAUGAACUUGUAGACGCUUUAACGUUGUGUCAAACCUGGAGUGCUGAUAAGCGGAAAUGGUUUGGGCUGUUGUUUCUUCAAGCCGUGGGACUUUAUGGCUUGCAUCAUAAUAGUAGAAUACAUUUUGAAAGUGCAAAAAGAGUAUUUGAUGAUGACGCCAUGAUGACUUAUCCUUGGGGUUGGGUUGCCUAUGAAUUUCUUGUUGAUUCUGUCAAGUUGUUGAAUCCACAAGGAGGAUCGUACACCCUUAGCGGCUUCAAGGACGUGUUAUUGGUUUGGGCGUACGAAUCUGUCACAGUGUUCGGAGAGCUUUUUGGCAAAGUAGUGAGACCAGGCGGAAUUCUGCUUUUGCGAUGGGGUGGAAGUCGUACUCGUGCAAGUAUUGCUACUACAAUAGCUAAGGAGAUUAAUAAUCAUGAAACGGUGCGUGUGAGGAAAAUGGUGAUGAAGGAGGGUCUAGAAGAGCUGUUUCCUCAGUGGAAGGAUGAAGCAGCUGACCCACAACUUGAUAACCUAAUUAAAGAUAUACAUGCAGAUAGGUUUGUUAGAGAUUUUUAUGUGCAAUCGAAUGAGAACAACAACAAAACGAAGGCUGGAGUUUCGUCAGAGGCUGAGCCACCCUCAAAGAAGCAGAAGAAAGAUAAGAAACAGAAGGAGGUGAAAAUCAAUGAGGUUGAAACUGCUGCUGUAGAGGUGAAGGAGAGUGCAAAGGAGAAGGGUUGUAGCGAAGAUGUUCUGAUGAACAUAGUUGCUAAUCUCAAGAAUUUGGACCGAAAAUUUGACUCGAGAUUAACACAAUACGACACCAAGUUUGGCGAUUUUUCCCGAGGCCUUUUGGAUACCAUUGGAGAUACAGUGAAAGCUACAGUUGAAGAGCGUCUGAGAGUUUUGGGGUUUGUAGAAAGUGCCCAAAACGUGAGGGUCUCAGAAGACAGCGGUAGUCAAAUUGAACCGGAGUUUAUUGGAAGUCAACCUGCACUCCCUGUGACGGUCAACCAACCACAAAAAACCCCUGAUAAAGGCCAAUCUGUCAAGAAUCUGGCAGAUGAUAUUGCUAAAGCUGAUGCGAAAGGUAUGGGAGCAAAGUUGAAUUCGAAGGUUGUCAGGGAUAAGGCUGCUGGGGUGAAAAAGAACUUGGAUUCGGCAUUUGGUAAUGCCGAUGCAACAAACGCUGAUUUGGUCUCUGAUUCUCCUGGUAAGGAACCACCACUCGGACGUGGUGGCAGGGGCAAAGGGAAGAAGAAGAAGAAGCAAGAAGAGUCUGAGUUAAGGAAGAAAGAAGCGGCUGAGUUAAAGAAGAAAAAGCAGCAAGAAGAGGCUGAGUUAAAUAAGGAAAAUCAGCAAGAAGAAGCUGACUUAAAGAAGGCUAUUCCUACUUCAAAAAGGAGCCGCAGUGGUAAAAUAAGAAUACCCAUUCCGACUAAGAAAAGUGAGGCGAAAACAGACGAACUGUUGCCAGAAUCUGAUGUGGAAGAAGAUGAAAGGAAAAGGUGUGGGAGAAUAAAGGAGUAUCGGCUGAAAGCUGUUCAAUUAUCUCCACAAGGGUCUCAAAGGAGUGAGGAAUAUGGUCCUUCUGUACCAUUUCCCCACAUCGGAGACAAUGUAACGACGUGCAUGAGAGAGGGUUUUGAACCUUCACAUGCAAUAUAUGAUCCCCUAGGACCUGUUGAUCCGGCUAAAAGGGAUAAUCUUUUGGAACACCUAAAGCCACACGAGGAAAUUCGACAUGGAGAAGCUCACGAGGAUAUUGAGUUCUACAGAAUCCUCAUCACUCCAAGACCUUGGCCCAACAAACAAUAUGGAUGGCUGACUCAAAAUCAUAUUGCUGCGUAUAUUAGAGUCCUCAUUCAAAGGUCCAAAAAAGAUCCCAGCCCAUUCUGGUCCAAGCGCAUUACCUUUAUAGACUCUUGGUUCCUUGAAUUAUGGGUUCACGAUUAUACGCAGUUCCAAGUCAAACCGGAUAUGGUCAAAUUCAAAGGAAGUGGUUACGAGAGGUUAGUAAACGGUUUGAUCCCCACCGACAUUCAGACAAAGUUGCAGUGGUUUACAGAAGUAUAUCACUUGUACGGAGUGCUUAAUACUGACAGCGAUCAUUGGGUGGGGUUUCACGUGGAUCUGCAUAAAGAGAAGAUUGAUUGCUAUGAUUUAAUAGUUGGAGAUGUAACACCCGAAAGUGAGCUGAGAAUGCUAAAUUUCUUUAGGCCGCUUACUCUUAUGAUCCCUGAGAUGCUGGAUGUCCUUAUUCCUGCUAAUAUCCGAGUCCCUACCAAGAAGGAGUUUGGAUUCAGACGAAGAACAAGAGAUAUUGUUCCACAAAACGACCUGAGAGGCGACUGUGGAGUGUAUGCAUUGAAGUUCGUCGAGUGUCUAGCGCUUGGUGUAGCUUUUGAUGGGAUAUCGGAUGAAAAUAUUCAAGGUCUGAGAAUGAAGAUGGCAGUAGAUGUCUUCGAUGAAGGAAGUUGUAGUUUGGUAGGGUCGUUUGGCGAUGAAUGA